AAGUGUGGAUAUUUGUAUCCAUUCAAUAGAUAACCUCUUAAACUGUUGCAUGCGAUCAGAAGAACUUCCAGUAAUAAAGGGUAUUAUUGUUAAAGGGCGCUAUGAACAUCGAUAAGUCUAAUGCCCAAUGCGGCUAGCUCUUUGCGAACUGCAACGUUGCCUCCAAGUCCAAAGGUUGAACGACGAACUUCUUCGAAACCUCGACAUCCGAACCUCAAACCAACAUCUUCGAAAAACAAGCAAAGAAGCGAGGAAAGCCGCUCAAUUGCACGUCGACGUCCUAUUCCCCAAUUCACUUCGAACAGCAUUCGCUAUCUUCUAGCCUCUCAUCGUUACCCGCCAGUUUGGAUCCGUUUUUGGUGUCCGUGAUGGAGUGAUCAAUUCGCUUUUCCCUCCCUCCUCCUUCCGUCUCUCUCGUGCUCUCCCGACUCCGCGGUCCAUUUGCCUCUCUUCAAUUUCAUUUUAGCUACUUCAAUUCAGUACAUAUUGCUUGUUUCUGCUUUGGAAUUGGUUAUAUCGACCUGCCUUACAUAUGAGUGCCCACAUGCUCGAACCCACCGCCAAUGGAACCACCACGGUGAGCUCCAAGUCGCCAGCCGCCCUCCUUAAAGAACAACACACCCGUGACGACUCUCACAAGGUCACUGUGGAAGAUGUACCCGAUGAGUAUGAUAUCCAGCAUCCGUCGCCGUCUGGUCCCGCUACGCAAGCCCCUGUAGAGUCCUUGGAACCCAGCCCAAGUGUCCCUAAGACUUCUGCGGCUGUCGAGAAGCCGUCUAUGGACUCGGUUUCCUCUGUUACCACCGCCAACUCCGCUACCCAAAAGGCUCCGACUUUUGAUGUGCAGUCUGAGGAGUUGUUUCCUGCAUUGGGUGGAGCGCCAAAUUCCCGCACCGCUACAGCUGUUCCAAUGGCAUGGGGUGCGAGGAAAUCAGCAGGUCGAAAUCCACCUACUGCCAACGGCUCGUCGAACCGGGGGCAUCCGCCAUCGCAGUUUUCGAGUAACGCUUCCUCACGUACGCCAACACCAGCUCCCGGUUUGGUCACAUCUAAUUCCAUGACGGCCACAUCGAGUGGUGGCGCUCUGGGAGGCCCAAAGAUUAUGACCAUGCCAGGCAAGCAUGUCGAGAGAAUUCGUUUCGCUCCUUCGCAGAUGCUCCCACGGAGCCAGUUGAAGAAACCUAUAAGGGAUAUCCUUCGCGAUACUAGUAGGAGAUUCAAGGCCGUUGUGGACAUGUAUAACGGCCCUGGGGAAUCCAUCAUUUUCGAAGGCAAGGGAUCCGUGGACGCUGUUCGCCAGGCACUCAAGGAAGUGGCCCAACAGGUUGGUUCCAAGCAAUCCGUGCUCGUGCCAAUUCCGGCGUCAGCUAGACCUCAUAUCAUUGGCCGGCAAGGAGUGGUUGUGCAGGGAAUUCAUGACCGAACCGGUGCUCGAAUUAAUGUCCCCAGGCCAGAAGGGCCGUCACUUGCCGACGAUGAUGAUAGUGUUACAAUAGAUGUUCGCAUUGAAGGGGAUGCUGUGGCCGCAGAAAUGGCAAGAAGGGAAAUAGAGACGAUCGUGAAGGAACGGUCGUUUAAUAUCAACCUGCGCCUAAAAAGCAUUGCACCUGAACUUUUCCCUUUCAUUGCCGGCGCCCACAAUAUACAUUUGCAGCAACUUGAAGAGCGUACGAAGGCACAGAUUCGAAUUCCGCACUAUGACACAUGGUCACGCCCCCCUCCCUCUGAGGCGGCCCAAGGCCAAAUUAAAUUUUCCCCUGAUCCUGACAAGUACAUUCAAAUUUCUGGCGAGCGGAGUGCCGCACAAGAAGCCCGCGCCGAAAUUGAGAGACGUGCCGAUGAAUUACAGCGACAAAUCACCGUACGACAGCUGGCAAUCAAUCGAGGACAGCAUCAGUUUAUUUUGGGCGGCGUCAACGAUUCAUUGCACGAAUUCUUAGCCCAGACGGGCUGCUCGAUAGUGCUACCACCCGCAAGUGACGAUACAGAGUUUUUGACUAUCACAGGGCCCCCUGACCAAAUCGAAUUCGGAAUUAAUCGUGCCAUGGACCUGGCCACUAGCAUGCAAAUGGCCAGUAUUGAUGUAUCUAGGCAGCACCCAACAGCGCCCGUUGGCGCCCAUGUCCACGCUCGAGCUCUUACUUCCUACUUAAAGCAGCGACAAGCUAUUAAGGAGCUAGAGAGGCUAUAUGAUGCCCACAUUGUUCUCCCCUCGUCGUCAGAUGGCCCUGUUACCUGGGAAGUCUACUCGAGAGACGGGAAAAACACCAUCCGAGCACGAUCCGAUAUUACCAACCUGAUCCAGGCGCAUCCUCCAUCUAAACUUGCGCCAUUACCCAUUGACCCUUUCUUCCACUCCUAUCUUCGCACCCGCAUUGGGCCCCAACUGAAGGAUAAUUUUGGUGUACACUUAGUUCUACCAGAUGACCCAGAUAGUACCAAUGUUGUACUCGUAUACGAAGGAGAGACAUGGGUCGCAGGAGUAGACGACCUCCCGAAACGUCGUCCGUUGCCUAAUGAACUGGAGGUAUUUGACAAGGCAUUAGCGGAGGCAAAGAACCAUCUUUUGAUGUCUUUGGGGGAUCAACACAACAUCUGCACUAAAAUAGUCAUGGUUCCACUGAAGUAUCACGAUAAACUCCGCAAAUUCAUUAACCGAGAACAACAAGCCAAAGGAGAGGAGUACAUCCCUAUCCGCGUUAGUGCGGCCGGAGAACAGAUACAACUUCGUGGCCGUACUUCCGAUGUCGAAGAACUCGCCUCUAAAGUCGAAGGUUUCGUUUUAGAGCAACAAAAGGACGAUUUAGAGAGGGGUUACACUACCUCCUUCGAUUUUCCACAAAAGUAUGCAAAUUUCCUUAUUGGUAAAAGGGGCGAAAAUAUCAAUAAUCUCCGAGAGGAAUUCGACGUUGACAUCAAGGUGGAAAAUGGCAAAGUCGAGGUCAAAGGCCCGAAAAUCAAGGCGGAUGGGUGUAGAGCCCGGAUUAUUGCACUGGGAAAAAAGUUAGAGGAUGAGACUACCUUCGUGUUGAAGAUCCCUCAGCAGUAUCAUCGCGAUUUGAUCGGACAAAAGGGCAGUCAGGUUAACCGCCUUCAAGACCGGUAUAAUGUUCGAGUCCAGUUCCCUCGAGUCUCCAAUCUUCCCACAAACGACGACCAAUCCGUUGCCGACACCACAAGCGAAAUGGGGGCGAACCGAAACGUUCGUCCUACCCAGGCCACUGACGAGAUUGUCGUUCGUGGCCCUCGUAAGGGUGCAGAAGGGGCUCGGGAGGAAAUUCUUAGCCUCUACCAGUGGGUCGUGGACCACUCUCACGUGGAUUCCGUGUCCGUCUCACAGAGCCAAAUUCCUAUGUUAAUCGGCCAACGAGGCCGUGAAAUGGAUAGACUACGGGCAGAUACCGGCGCUCAGAUCGAUGUCCCUAGUGCCAACGACCCUUCAGAUGCGGCUGGGAGGGUGACUAUUAAUCUCAAAGGGACGAAAAAACAAGUUGCAGACGCGAAGAAGUUAUUGCUUCAGCGAGCGCAAGAGUUCGAUUCAACUGUUGUCAAAACCAUCGAUGUAGACAAAAAGCACCACAAGGCGUUGAUCGGUGGUGGCGGUGCGACUAUUCGGAAGAUUGUAAGUGAUGCUGGUGGGCCGAGCGAUGGGAGUGCAGCCCGGAUGGUGAAAUUUCCCCCCCCGGGUAGUGACGAGUCCGUUAUUCGUCUGGAAGGAAACUCCGCAGUUAUAGAAAGAAUCGUUGCAGCAAUCGAAGAUUUCGUUCGAGAGAAGAACGACCAGAUCGUAACAUCUAUUGAUGUUCCCCAAGCACAACAUAGAUUUUUAAUUGGUCGGGGUGGAGAAACUAGACGGAACAUAGAGAGCCAGUUUAAGAUCACUCUUGACAUACCAAAACAAGGGUCUGGCCGCACUGACAUUAAGAUCAGAGGAUCAAGUGAUGCAGUUCACCAGGCGAAAGCUCACAUCCAAUCUCUUAUCAAAGAGCAGCAUGCCGACAGCAUCCUGGUGCCAGUUAAUUUGCAUCAUGCGAUUGCUGACAAUGGCCUCUUGUUUCGCCGGCUCCGAAACGAAUAUCAAGUGAGCGUUGACCAUGCGGGGCAUCAAAUCCCGCCACGUCCUUCUCCUGUCGACUCUCGCAACGGAAUUAACGGUCAGAACGGUUCUCUCCCCUUGAUUACAGAUGAUCCUCACACCACCGCUGCCACGCAUUCCUGGAAAAUAGUGGACGUGGACCCUAGCGAAUCAGCCCAGUCGAAUUUGCCGAAGGCCAUUCCCUGGGUUUUUUCAGGCACUCCAGACAAUGUCGCAAAGGCAAAAUCAAUUGUCGAAAUGUCUCUCCAGACAGCACCGCAACACUCUGCCACUGGAUAUUUGAUCCUUCCAGACCCUAAAACUUAUCGAUUGGUUAUCGGACCCGGUGGCAGCACAAUCAACGAGAUUCGCAAACAAACGAGCUGUAGGAUCAACGUGCCAAAGAACCAGGCGCAAGGCGAGGCUAUUGAGAUCAAGGGACCAAGGGCUAGUCUGGAACCAGCUAAGGACAUGAUCUUGGAGGCUGUACUAGGCGGUGGCGCCAGAGGCAAUGGAUCCUACCGUUAAUCAUUGCGGGGAGGUUUCGAAUAUGUAUGUACACUUACUUAUACACCGACGCGCAGAAAGAACUUUGGAGAGGCAGAUAAGACGAAGGUUAGAACCACUUACGUAGGCAAAGUUGAUGUAGUUGUGGUAAUCUCAACAUCACGAGAAUCAAAAUUUCCUUUAUCAUUAGCGAAGAAUCUGAUAUGUAGUUUCCAAUGACAGCCCUCUAUAGUGAAUAUCUACGAGCUGUGUGACUUUGUCUUUGAUUUGAGUAUUCUUGAUAAUGCAUCGAGCAAUUAUUGCCGCUGCUGAUAUGGAGAACCUUCCCCCUUUUCCUAUU